GUCGCCGCUGGGGGCCGCCACACAGUGCUGCUCAGGAGCGAUGGCACGGCCGUGGCCUGCGGCUAUAAUGACGAGGGCCAGUGCGACAUCCCCGCGCUGGUCGGCGAUGUGACCUACACGCAGGUCGCCGCUGGAGGCCGCCACACAGUGCUGCUCAGGAGCGAUGGCACGGCCAUGGCCUGCGGCUAUAAUGACGAGGGCCAGUGCGACAUCCCCGCGCUGGUCAGGGACGUGACCUACUCGCAGGUCGCCGCUGGAGCCGGCCACACAGUGCUGCUCCGGAGCGAUGGCACGGCCGUGGCCUGCCGCCAUUUUGACGAAGGCCAGCACGACCUCCCCGCGAUGGUCGGGGGCGUGACCUACUCGCAGGUCGCCGCUGGAGGCGACCACACAGUGCUGCUCCGGAGCGAUGGCACGGCCGUGGCCUGCGGCUGGAACGACCAUGGCCAGUGCGACAUCCCUGCGCUGGUCGGGGACGUGGUCUACGUCGCCCACCUGCUGCCGACGUUGCUCUUGCAGGCGCGGCUCGAGGGCGGCUCGGUGUGCUUCGUGACCCUCGGCGGCGCGGAGCGCUGCAGAGUGCCUUGGGCGGGGCCCGCCGCUCGCCUCGAGGACGUGUACGGCCAGCUGACGGAGGCCCGUCGUGCGGGCAGGAUGGGCACGGGAGCCUGGGGGGUCGACGCGGUCCUGCCAGACGGCCGGCUGAUCAGCAGGGCCUCGGCGGAGGAGACGGUCGCCAGCGCCUUCGGGGCAGGCUGA